AUGAUUCAUAAAGAGCUAUCGACAUACGACACAACGCAGGCCGUCUGCCCCUUCAUCGUUGCUCUCGAAUUUUUUUUGCAAUCCCAUUCUCCUGGAAUAAUGCAUAACAAUGAUCUGGUGGGAUCUGUAAGAAAAAGAAAAAAAUCAAUAGAUGUAGAAGGAGGCGAUGAUAGACUAAGCAGCCUGACGGAUGAUCUUAUCCAUGAAAUCUUUUCUUUUAUGAGCAUUAAAGAUGCUAUCAGAACCUGUGUUUUGUCGUCUAGAUGGAAGUUUAUCUGGACUUCAAUGCCUGACUUGAAUUUUGAAAAUCUCAAUGAUCGGCCCCACCUCUCCAAAUUUAUUUCUAAUGUUUUGUCUAACCGCAAUAAAAAAAUACAAGUUUCUUCAGUCAGUCUGUUACUUGGGAGAACAGUUACGGACGAUGAAUCUGUCUCGAGAAUUCUCAGCUUCGCAUUCUCUCACAAUCUCCAACAACUGAGUGUUAUACGUGCGCCUGGGAAUUCGAUUAUAUUCCCAUAUUCCUUCAUUGUGACACCAAAGUGGGACCUCCCAGCUUUAACCACAUUGCAUCUUCACUGUGUCAAACUCAUGUCUGAUGACCUUUUCUCCAAGUGCACUAACUUGAAGAACCUCAUCUUAAAAGAAUGCACAUUAAUGGAGGAGAUGGAAGUUUUAACUAUCUGUCAUCCUCGACUUUCUGAUCUUACACUUGUAUCUACACCCCCGGAUAUGGAAUUACAGGAGGGUGUGAAUGUGGUUGCACCUCAACUCAAGAAUCUCACUAUCAAAUGGUGCGAAGGGACACAUCUGAUUUCUGCACCUGGGCUUACCUCCUUGGUCAUAGAAGGUUUUCAUCCAUGCCAGAUUUUUACUUGUACAAAACCAGGUUUCCAUUCUUUGGAGAAGGUUCGUCUCUACUUCUAUGAUGCAGGGAAUGCAGAUGCUCAUAAAAUAGUUUCUCUGCUUCAACAGCUCCAUAGUGUCAAGCUUCUUACACUUAACUUGCAGAUUCUCCAGCGUCUUUUUUCAAUAAAGGUGCGGCCCAGAUUUAGGAAUGUCAAACGGAGGAUGAGUAAAUCAGCGCGUUUUUCUUUAGGCAUGGAAGUAAGCCCAUAUAAAACUUGUGUGUUGGCUAAUGCAAAGAUAGUAAAGUUUGUACCAAGUAUUCCAGAAAGUGUAUACUUGGAAAAAGUAACCACGUGUACUGAAAUAAAAAACUACGAUGAUAAUUCUCCAAGUUCCAUCUUCCCAAUGGUCUCACGUGAGGAGAUUAUAGUUAUGGGGGAUAUAGCAUUAGCACACGAAUUUGUGAGACACCUGAGGACAUUGGUAAAGGAGUGUAAAGCAAAUUCAGAUAGUGAAACUGACAAGGCUCAUAUGGAUGAACAUGGCAAACCACAAGUCUGGAUGAUGCUUUGGGCAUGGGAAUUGCAAUAUAAGCUUAGGAAAAUGAUGGCAAUGCUUCAGCAAAGGGUAAUUGUAGAACUAGAGAAUUGUCGCAUGAUGGCAUCGUUAAGGCGAAGAUAUAAUAUUAUGGAGAGGGGAUUAGAGACUCAUCCCAUAGUUACAUGGUUGGAGGAUAUGCGUGCAUUGUUUGAGCGCAUUCAACGGUUGAUAUCUCAGCUGUCUGCAUCAAAGAGGGAUGUGUUGCGACCAAUUUUUCUUAGUCUAUGUCAAGAUGCUGUCAUUCUCACCAAUAAUAUGUUGGGACUUGGGAUGGAUAUUGAAGACUACAAACUCAACUUGACAGACGAUGAGAUUAUAAGUUAUGGUUAAAUCAAAAGGGUCAUUGAGUUAGGAUAUCAAUAUUAAAUUUUACAAAUUACGUUAG